CCUGCAGCAAAAAGUGAAGCUCACAUCUCCUCUUCUUCCACCUGAGUGCUGCAUUGGUGCCCGUGCCACACAGCAGCAGGGAUGGGGCACAGAGCCUGAACCUCCAGGCACCUCCACACCUUUCCUUUCUCCCUGCAGGUACAUCGGGGCGCUGGGGGCGAGGGUGAUCUGCGACAACAUCCCAGGGCUGGUGAACAAGCAGAGGCAGCUGUGCCAGAGGUACCCAGACAUCAUGCAGUCCGUCGGGGAGGGAGCCAAGGAAUGGAUCCGUGAGUGCCAGUAUCAAUUCCGUCACCACCGCUGGAACUGCAGCACCCUGGACCGGGACCACACCGUCUUUGGGAGGGUGAUGCUGCGAAGCAGCAGGGAGGCCGCCUUUGUCUACGCCAUCUCCUCGGCCGGGGUGGUUUAUGCCAUCACACGUGCCUGCAGCCAAGGGGAGCUGAAGGCCUGUGGCUGUGACCCGCUGAAGCGUGGACGUGCCAAGGAUGAGCGCGGGGAGUUCGACUGGGGUGGCUGCAGUGACAACAUCAACUAUGGCAUCCGUUUUGCCAAAGCCUUCGUGGAUGCCAAGGAGAAGAAAGUGAAGGAUGCGCGGGCGCUGAUGAACCUGCACAACAACCGCUGCGGCAGGAUGGCUGUGAAGCGUUUCCUGAAGCUGGAAUGCAAAUGCCAUGGGGUCAGUGGCUCCUGCACGCUAAGGACUUGUUGGCUGGCGAUGUCGGAUUUCCGGAAAACAGGGGAUUACCUGCGGAAGAAAUACAACGGGGCCAUCCAGGUGAUCAUGAACCAGGACGGUACCGGCUUCACCGUGGCCAACAAGAACUUCAGGAAGCCCACAAAGACAGACCUAGUGUAUUUUGAGAACUCACCCGACUACUGCGUGAUGGACAAGUCAGCAGGCUCACUGGGCACCGCAGGGCGCGUGUGCAACAAAAUCUCCCGUGGCACCGAUGGCUGCGAAGUGAUGUGCUGUGGGAGGGGCUACGACACCACCCGUGUCACCCGCGUCACCAAGUGUGAGUGCAAGUUCCACUGGUGCUGCGCUGUGCGCUGCAAGGAGUGCGAGGACACUGUGGAUGUGCACACGUGUAAAGCGCCCAAAAGGGCCGAGUGGUUGGACCAGACCUGAGGAGACGAGUGGCAGAACCUGGCUGUAAAAACCCCCCGACCUUUUCCAUUUUUUAAACACCUGUGCCCUGUGGGCCGCCGCUUUCUGGGAGCUGUAGUUUGACUGCAUGGCUUUUAUUUAAUUAAUUAACUCUGCAAAGCACUACGAAAGGACUACAUUUCCCAGGAGGUGCUGUGGACUCUUCAAUUUGCUCAGCAAAACAGAACCCCGUUCCCAGGAGGCAGCCAACCUCGCUUCAACUGUGAAACUUCUGCUGCCGUUGUUCUCUUCGCAGAGGGGCAGUGCAACUGACUCAGACUGAGAGGACUGACCAUCGGGAUGCAAUGAUGGAGCAGUGCUGCCUCUUCCCAACUUUACAUUGAAGUUUCACCAGCAAAAAAACAAAACAAAACAAAAAAAACCCCCGACUGUUUCUGAAUAAUAAACUCUCGCAGACAGCAUUCUUGCUUUUACCUUUCUG